GGGUCUCUCGCCCGCCCUCAGUAGACCGUCCAUUACAGAAAGACGUAACGGUGGAAGAAAGGAAGCAGCGUGUAAAGAUGGAAGACAGCAUGGACAUGGAGAAUCUGGCCCCCCUGCGCCCACAGAACUUCCUUUUCGGCUGUGAACUGAAGGCUGACAAAAAAGAAUAUGUGUUUAAAGUGGAUGACGAUGAAAAUGAUCAUCAGCUGUCAUUGAAAACGGUUGCGUUGGGUGUUGGUGCUAAAGAUGAACUGCAUGUUGUUGAAGCUGAAGGAAUGAACUAUCAUGCAAAACCUAUAAAGAUUGUGCUUGCAUCCUUGAAACCAUCUGUACAGCCAACGGUAUCUCUUGGGGGCUUUGAAAUUACACCUCCAGUGACUUUACGACUUAAGGCUGGUUCUGGCCCUGUAUAUGUGAGUGGGCAGCAUCUUAUUGCCUUGGAAGAAGGAUUGGAGUCAUCGGAUGAGGAGGAGGAGGAAGAAGAAGAGGAAGACGACAAUGUUGGCAUAGUAAAAAAUGCCAAAAGGGCUGCAGCAGCUUCUACAUCAAAGGUUCCACAGAAAAAGGCAAAAAUAGAAGCUGAUGAAGACGAAGAUGAUUUUGAUGAUGAUGAGGAUGAAGAUGAUGAUGAUGACGACGAAGAGGAAGAAGAAGAAACUCCUGUAAAGAAGCCUUCUCAAGCUGCAAAACCUAAAUCUGCCCAGAAAUCCAACCACAACGGAAAAUUAUCUGAACAGUCCACGCCUGCUAAAACACCUGAACAGAAAGGGAAACGAGAGGCAAAGCAACAAAGCCCAAAAACUCCAAAAACACCCUUUACGCCUGAAGAGAUCAAGACAAAAAUGCAGGGGACUUUAGACAAGGGUGGUGCACUUCCAAAAAUUGAACCAAAGUUUACAAACUAUGUGAAGAACUGUUUCAGGAUGGAUGACCAGAAGGUAAUACAAGAUCUCUGGAAGUGGAGACAGUCACUAAAAGAUAAAUAACCUGCCUGCAUCUCUUGCUGUCCUCUUGGUUUCACAUCUUGUUUUAUAUAUUUUUUUUUUUUCUUUGUAAGUAGCUGAUAAUGCGUUGGUCUGUUAUACUUGCCAAGAAUGUUAAAUGCCUGAAACUGCAUAUUUUGUACACAUUUUGUCAAGGUAUGGCAAGAUUGUUGGGCAGAUCUGAAGUUCAAGCAUACAUGUUUAAUAAAUCUGUAUUUUUUACUUC